AUGUUAUCACUUGCACCCUGUAGAGAAAUGGAACCAGUCCCAGGAGAAGCUGAGGACAAAUCACUAAGUCUGGGGAAACUUGCAGUGAGACCACUCAUUCCAGUCCUUAAGGGCACAAGAGGACAUGGAGGAGAUGACAUGGGUACUGACCCUACCAGUACUGUUACCUCCUUACCAAACCUCAACCUCUCCCCAUCUCACAUUCCUGAGGCGAACAAUAAGGAUUGGCAAAAGCUGGGAAAGUCACCCAAUUUGGGGAAAGCUGUGCGGUUUUCAGAGACGGAGGAAGUAGAGAAAAGAAACAGCUUGGAGGAAAGUCUUUUCCCAGACCAUGGGCUUGAUAAAUUGACAACUACUAGCUUUGAGGAGCUGUUCUCAGCAGAGGAUUGGCUCGACCUCACUGAUGACCACCUACUCUGGAAGAAAUUGCUCAAACCUGGACAUAGACGUGCCUCGUGCCCUGUCUGUGGUCAAGAGGUGAUUCUGAAAAUGGAGAGUGUCUUAGAGGACAGGAGUGUGGUGGAAAAAGACUGCAAGCUGGUCUUUGUCACUGGGGAGGGAGAUGUCAACCAGGCUUUAGAGGAGUGUGCCAUUACAAUGUGGAAGGAGGAGAUAGCAUUACUUCUGGCAGACUCACGGUACACCUAUGGACUUCUGGGAAGAGAGCCUGAUAUACCAGCCUGGUCACCAAUCCUGUAGCAGCUGCAGCUUUUAGAAAUCAGAGACAAACCAAAUCCUUCAGCUCUCUCCAUUGCUGACCGGAUACACACUGGCAACCAGAAACGUGAACGAGGCAACUUCUUCUUCCAGACGGCUGAGUACAGUUUGGCGGUGCGGGCCUACCACAUGGCCUUGGAUGUGCUCCCCACGUGCACACAGGGAGUUUUUAAAUGCCUGCAGCAUCUGUCAGACAACGGUAAAUAUGAGGAAGCAAUGGAAACACUGAAGAAGGCCUUAAAACUGGAACCGUCUACUAAGGCUAUACAUGCUGAGCUAUCAAAGCUGGUCAAAUGACAAGCAGGGGUCAGUGAGAUGUGGAAUCCAAAACCUGCACAGCUCCUCUGGGAUAUCACAGCACCCUUCGUGAAACCAACAAAAAAGAAGUUCAUCGGUAUCUCGUGGAAGCUGCUGUUUGGUGCUCUGGCAGUAUUUGGUCCUCUGUUCGGUGCUCUCGCCUCAGCAGUCCUGACCACAAGAAACUAA